UUUUAACUUCUCAAAUAGUUUCUUUUGGUUUGCGAUAGAUUAUACUGCAUUAACACCUGUUUUGAUCUUCAUUGUUUUUCUUGGCUGAUGAUUCUGGCCUGUCAGCAAUUCAGCCAUAUAGAGUCACCGCAGAUGCACUGUGUCUGUUGUGUAUUUUGGUUAUAUACCGUUUGCCGGAUUUGCGCAACUGAUUGGUAAAGGGGUUAGGAUAUGCUUACGUUCUCUAUACACGUAAGUAUACCUAAUAACAUUAGCCAAAAAUCGAAUGAAUCAUAAAAAAUGUAUAAGUAGAUAUAUUACUGUGUAAACGAUAAAUCUGAGUAAAAUUAUAAAAUGGAAAUCAACUUUGAAGGCAUUAAUUUAUAUUUUUGUUUCCUUAUAUCCCAACUGGUUAUCAGUACUGGUGUCAACAUGAAUUCAGAAUUAAAUUUUUUACACAUUUCAAACUCUUGCAGUGAUUUCACCUCCAAUUUAUUUCAAGAGCUUACUUCAAAACAAGAAGAUACAGAAAAUGUAGCAAGUUCAUCGCUAAGUGCAUACAUUAUUUUAUCAUUACUGUUACAUGGAACUGAUGGUGAAACAAGAGAAGAAAUAAAAUCAGGCUUAAAUUUAAAUGAUCUAGACAAAACCCAAGAAGAACUGCAAUCUUUAUUUAUGCAUUUAAAUAAUGUUACAGAUGCUGACUUACAAUUGACUAAUGGAAUUUAUGUAGACAGUAACUUUCAGUUGCGAGACUGUUUUAUGAGUAAAAGUCAAGAGUAUUAUCAAACUUCUGUUGAGAAAAUGAUUUUUCAGAAUAGUGAUGUUGCUGCAAACCAAAUAAAUGAGUGGGUGAAAGAAAAAACAAAGAAUAAAAUUCUCAAUAUAAUUAGCUCAAAUGAUAUUGACAAAUACACAAAAGUAAUACUGAUAAAUGCUCUAUACUUUAAGAGCAGUUGGCUAAAUCCAUUUGAAUCACAGUUCACGGAAAAAAGAAAAUUUUUCAAUAUUGAUGGUAUUGAAACAUAUGUUCCAACUAUGCACAAAACAUUUAAUGUAUUACAUGGUCAUAUUAAAAGUCUUAGAUCAAGUUUUAUUAAAAUGAAAUAUUUGAGCAAAGAAUUUGAAAUGAUACUUAUAUUACCCGACGAGAAAGAUGGUCUACGUGAACUGGAAAAAAAUUUUGAUUGGAACAAAAUUUCAAAAGCAAGUUGUUUAACUACAGAAGUUGAAUUGUUUUUACCAAAAUUUAAAGUCGAGGCCACUAUAAAUUUGAAAUCUGCAUUGAAAAAAUUGGGAAUGAAUGCAAUGUUUACAGAAAGAGCGAAUUUCAGUCGCAUGGCUGAAAAAGCAUUGUAUGUAGACCGAGUGUUGCAAAAAAUUAUUGUUGAGGUUGAUGAAAAGGGAUCAGAAGCAGCAGCAGCAACAGUUGCCCAAAUAAGAUCGCGACGUAUGGUCACUGACACAGAUGUAUUUGCAGUAGAUCAUCCGUUCAUGUUUAUUAUACAUCAUAAACCAAGCAGUAUUCCUUUAUUUAUUGGCAGUAUUAGAAAACUGGGAGGAAACUACAAAGAUGAAUUAUAAACGUUUGAGCUCAGUCAUAUCAGUUUGGAUCUGAACUUACAUACGCAUACAUUGGCCAGUCCCGCUUCAAAGUAUCGCGGAGUAACGGCCAGUCUUCCAUAGGCAAUAUUUGCAAAGGGUCCAUCAUGACUUCGCUGCUAUUAUUACUAUAAUUACUUGAUACUUAAUUGUUAAAAAUUAAUAAAUAAAUAAUGUUCAAUAAAAA